CUCUCGACCUCGACGCAAACUACACCCCGAUUCCGCCCUCUCUUUUAAACGCUUGACCCACUGUUGCCCUCGUUCAGUGGUCCCUCCUCGCAUCUAACCAACCAACCCGCCAUAGACCUGCUCCAGCGGCACGUUCCUUCACUCUCUUAGGCCGGCCACGCUGUCUUGCCAGAUGCCGUCGUCAUGGAUGGCUACUACUCCCCCAAUCAGCUGCCUCCUCACCAGCAGCAGGAGCAGCAGCAGCAGCACCACCACCAGCAACACCAGCAACAGCAACAGCAACAUCACCAGCAACACCACCAGCAACACCAAUAUUCCCAGCAACCACAGCAGCAGAAUGUCGGCGGACCGCAACAGAUGAUAUCCGACCCUACCCUCCUCCCUCCUGGCGAUUCCCUCGACGACAUCAUCCAAAGCAACCAGACCGAGAUGUACCGUCGACGCAGCAUGCCACAGAGCUAUGAAAACCCCCAUGGCCAACCCCAGGUACCUAGGAGGAUGUCCACUGUGGGAAACGGUGAUAUGAUGGCUUUUGGGGUCGACCACAAUGAUCUGGGCUCCUACCAAUUCAACCAGCACAUGUCGGCUGCGUUUCCCAACAUCAACACCACUAUGGCCCUCCCCGGACAGAUGGGUACCUACAUGGUCUCGAACCCGGGCGACUACCCUGCCAUAUCUCCCGACAUGAUGGGUUCCAUGAUUCCUUCCACCUUUGCCAACAUGUCCGUUGGCCAGGUCGGCUCCCAGAUGGCCGGUGAGGCUGCGACAAUUGAUCUCUUCUCCCAGUCCUCCAAUUCCAUGCCUCCCCCAUACACCCCGAACCAACUGAAUACCGGCGCCAACGACUUCGCCACAGACCUCAGUCCUGACGAUGAUCCUCGCCUCAGUAUGACACCAACAAAUGCUCCCACGACUACCACAGCACCAACAGCGGUAGCUACCACAACCACGAGCAUAGACGUUAUUGCCGAGCGUGACGCCCAGGCGUUCGCUAUUUCUCAAUCCUUCAAUGCCACAGAGGCGACUCAGGUCCAGGCUGCGGCUAACAUGGCCCUCAACCCUGCUGCCGCUCCCGACUUUAAUCCAAGCAUGUCUCCAGUCUCUCGACAAAUCUCUGCUCAAUCAGGCUCUGGUCUCUCUGCCCAGGCCAAUUCUCACGGUGCUGGCCUCACCCAGCCUAGCACGACCUCCCUCGCCACUACCCCAACCCCCGCGAGUGCCGGCACUCCGAGGGACUCUAAGGAGAAGACCGUUUAUUCCAAGAGCGGAUUCGACAUGCUCAAAGCCCUUUGGCUAGUCGCAACUCGCAAGAAUCCUAAGAUCAAUCUUGGUGCUGUUGACAUGUCCUGUGCCUUUGUUGUUUGCGAUGUCACUCUCAACGACUGCCCAAUCAUCUACGUAUCCGACAACUUCCAAAACCUUACUGGCUACAACCGCCAUGAAAUUGUAGGCCAGAAUUGUCGCUUCCUGCAGGCCCCAGACGGCAAGGUCGAGGCUGGCUCCAAGCGCGAGUUUGUUGAUGAUGGCGCCGUGUUUACCCUCAAGAAGAUGAUUCACGAGGGCAGAGAGGUUCAGCAGAGCCUCAUCAACUACCGCAAGGGAGGAAAACCCUUCCUCAACCUCCUGACCAUGAUUCCUAUCCCUUGGGACACUGAAGAAAUCAGAUACUUCAUCGGCUUCCAGAUUGACCUUGUCGAGUGUCCCGAUGCUCUUGGUCAUGCCCCUGGAGAAUCGGGCGUCAAGGUCAACUAUAAGCACAACGACAUUGGCCAAUAUAUUUGGACUCCGCCCAUAUCCAGCAACUGGGAACCCGAGAAUGGUCAGACUCUGGGCGUUGAUGAUGUCUCGACCCUGCUGCAGCAAUUCAACCCCAAGGGGCUCGCCUCGGACUGGCACAAGCAAACAUGGGACAAAAUGCUACUCGAGAACACGGAUGACGUUGUCCAUGUACUAUCUCUCAAGGGCUUGUUCCUUUACCUGUCGCCUGCGUGUAAGCGAGUGCUCGAGUACGAUGCCGCCGAGCUUGCCGGCAACUCUCUGUCCACCGUCUGUCACCCAUCUGACAUUGUACCCGUUACGCGUGAGCUGAAGGACACUACCCUGGGCAACCCUGUCAAUAUUGUCUUCAGAAUCCGCAGGAAGCACAGCGGAUAUACCUGGUUUGAGAGUCAUGGGUCGCUCUUUGUCGAGCAAGGCAAAGGGCGGAAGUGCAUCAUCUUAGUUGGCCGCAAGCGGCCCGUGUUCGCCCUCAGCCGUCGGAACCUAGAAGCCAAUGGCGGCAUUGGAGACAGCGAGUUGUGGACGAAGCUGUCGACUGCAGGCUUAUUCCUGUAUGUUUCUUCAAACAUCAGAUCUCUCCUAGACUUGCAGCCCGAGAAAUUGGUCGGCACAAGUAUCCAGGACCUCAUGCGCAAGGAGUCGCGGCCCGAGUUUGGGCGCUCAAUUGAAAAGGCCAGGCGUGGCAAAACAGUCACCUGCAAGCAUGAAGUCCAGAACCGACGUGGCCAAGUGCUUCAGGCCCAGACCACGCUCUAUCCCGGCGAUGCCUCCGAAGGCCAAAAGCCGUCAUUCUUAUUGGCUCAGACGAAGCUUAUCAAGGCUUCGUCUCGGAGCAUUGGCCUUGCAAGCGCCCCAGGAACAGCCAAAUCAGUUAGCGGAACUCCGAAAUCUGACGGAGGGAACCAAGAAGUUGCCAAGGCAUCAAAACAAGGGAGCAUUUCGUUGGCCUUGGGAACUCAGGACGCUGCCCUGGCGUCUGACGAUAACAUCUUUGACGAACUGAGAACGACCAAGUGCUCCAGUUGGCAGUUCGAACUGCGACAAAUGGAAAAAGUCAACCGCAUCCUUGCAGAAGAGCUUGGCGGAUUGCUCUCUAAUAAAAAGAAGCGGAAGAGGAGAAAGGGGACUGGUAAUACCGUCCGGGACUGCGCCAAUUGUCACACGCGUAACACGCCCGAGUGGCGACGAGGCCCUAGUGGCCAAAGGGACCUUUGCAACAGCUGUGGCCUACGUUGGGCAAAGCAGACUGGGCGGGUUUCUCCUCGAAACUCCUCGCGCGGCGGCAAUGGGAACGGUGAUGCUCAAAGCAAAAAGUCGAACUCGCCAAACCACUCGCCACUGAAUAAGGAUAUUGCAGCUGAAACGUCUAAAACUCGUGCUAGCGACGGGGAGGGUGCCCUGAAUCCUACUCAGCUUACCAAAGAAAGUAAUGAUGAGGCUACUGCCCUGAAUGGUGGUACUCCCUCAGCUACUGGAGUCAAGACUUCGACGACUGCACCGCCGAUGAGCAAUUCGUCCAUGAUGGGCGUAGGUCAAUCUUCCGGAAUGACAUCCAUCAGAGAAGAGCGCGAAACAAGCCAGCCCUAACGGCAAUACGUCGUUCUUCCUCGAUGCUACCUACCUGUCACUCAGCAUUGCACUUUUGAUAUCGGAGCUCUGAGAUUAGGGAUGCUCAUGAUUAUUCGGAUUUAUGAUACCCGCUAUUUUCCCAUUGGUCAUCUCUGUUCUAGCUAUCCUUAGUUUCACUCUUCAGGAAGAAUGAUCCCUAUG